CCAGGUCUUUUUUUUUUUUCCCGGCGCCAAGAUGGAGGGCGGUUUCACAGGCAAAGAGGCCUACCAGCAGCAUUUCAACCCCAAAGACUAUCUCGGCGUGCAUUUACCAUUUGGGAGCGGGAGCACGCCCGCCUGCGAGGCCCUGUUCUCCUUCGUCCUGCAGAAGCUGCACAAGGCCUUCCUCCUGAGCAGCAUCCGAGGAGACACCCUGAUUGACAUAGGCAGCGGACCCUCUAUCUACCAGCUCCUCUCUGCCUGUGAGUCCUUCAAGGAGAUCAUUGCCACCGAUUUCCUUGAGCAAAACCGGGAGGAGCUGCAAAAAUGGCUGAAGAAGGACCCGGAAGCAUUUGACUGGAGUCCCAUGGUGAAAUAUGUCUGCCAGCUGAAGGGGAACAGGAAGAAGUGGAUGGAAAAGGAAGAGACGCUCAGGAGGACCGUCAAGCAAGUCCUGAAAUGUGACGUGACGUUGGCCAACCCUUUCCAUCCUUUGGUGGUCCCUCCAGCCGACUGCGUCCUCUCCACUUUCUGCCUGGAAGCGGCCUGCCAAGACCUUCCUACGUACCGUUCCGCUGUGAGGAACGUGGGCUCCUUGGUCAAACCCGGGGGCCACCUCAUUUUCGCGGUGUUCACUGAGGAAACUUUCUACAUGGUUGGCCCACAUCGGUUCUCCUGCCUUUACUUGACCAAAGACAGGGUUGAAGAGGCCAUGAAAGAGGCCGGGUUUUGCAUUCGUUGGUCUGAAAUGGCCAGUGCGCAUUUGCCACCAGAGAUCGCAGAUGCUCAGCAUGUGGCCGUUCUAGUGGCCCAGAAACAGUGUUAAGGGCUAGCGGAGGAGACAAUCUGUACUGAGGGACCUGGGCAGCUUGUUUUGGCAGAAUACAGACAAAGAUCUGUUUCAUUUUAGUGAGAAUAUGUUCCUUUUUUGGAAACUACUUAACCAAGACACUUCAAUCUCCUUCUCUGGGGGCUUUGAAGCGGGAGGCUGGUGGGUGUCUGUCGGGAAGACUUGAAUUGUGUUCUUGGAUGAUCCUCCAGUUUUAUGAUAGUUCUGUGGAGGAUAUUAAGCAGAGGCUGGAUGGCCAUCUGUCAGGGGUGCUUUGAUUGUGUCUUUAUGCCAGAAGGGCUGAACUGGAUGGCCCCUGAUGUCUUUUCUAUUUCUUUGAUUCUGUGAUAAUUCUCAGGGGGCUUUGAAGCAGAGGCUAGAUAGCCAUCUGCCGAGGGUGCUUGGGUUGUGUCUUCCUGCAUGGAAAGCAGUUAGUACUAUGGAUUCUUUCUCUGGAGGUCUUUGGAUGGCCAUCUGAUGGGAAGGCUUGGUGUGUAUAUUCCUGCCCAGCAGAAGGGGGGUUGGACUGGAUGGCCCUUGGGGAUCCCUCUCAAAUCAAGGUUUCUAACAACAACUGUGGUUGUUUUCUUUUUUUCUGAAAUGGCUGAGGGUCCAAAUAUAUUGUGUGGAUGAUAUCAAAAUGAAUGGAGCAGCAUUUGUGGCUGCAAGAUCAAGUGCCUUUGUCCAAAACAUCGCAAAUAGGGUUGAUGUAUUUUAUAUGAAUAUUUAAAAUGCUGCUUGUGUUUAAUUCUGUUUUAAUGUUGGCGUAUUUUUAAUUGGAUACAAUGCUUUUAUCUCAAGCUGCUUUGAGUCCCCUUUGGGGAGAUAAAGCGGGGUAUAAAUAAAUAUAAUAAUAGUAAUAAUAACAGGAAGAUUUCUAUUCUGAUUAAACGAAAUAUAUACUUC